AUGACUGAGGAGGUCUCUGCGGCAGAAUCCGCCCUCCAGCGAGGAGUUUCGGUCAAGCCCGAAGUGUCUGGACAGCUGAAGGACUCUACAAAUGGUACAGAGGACUCGGCUAUCACAGCCUCCUACCGGCAGGGGGAGUUGAUAUUUCUGAUGCUACUAUUGGGGUGCUUGGUGGGAUUCAUCGCCUUCGUAUACGAUGGGGCGAUGGAGCUGUCCCUGAAAAUUGUCUGGAAGGUGAUUCCCGGAUACCUUGAGAGAAUAGCAGAACAAGCCGAAGACGGCCUGGCCAUGCUCAGCAAGUGGGGCUUCCUCUACACUAUUGCUGCCUCCAUUUUCCUAGCCACGGCUGCGGGAGCGAGCAUCAAGUUCCUGGGCUUCCCCGGCGAUCUCCCGGAUGUCGUCCAUUGCGUCCACGAGCUUGGAUACGUCCCGAUGUGCCAAACACUACCGAUGAUUUGCUGCAGCCUUUUCAGCAUUGCGGCCGGUGGUUCGCUGGGGCCAGAAGCUCCGCUCGUGGCCGUAUCAGCAUCAGUGUCGGGAUACAUAUCAAUGCACUACUUCAAUCAUGACAUGGUCAUGGUUCGGAAGUGUACCAUUAUCGGCAUGUCUGCGGGACUCAGCGCUUUUUUUGGCGUUCAGCUCGGCGGAGCUUUGUUUGCCCUGGAGGUUCUCCACACUAUGGGGAUGCAGUUCUUUGACGUGGCCGUCUACGCGAUCGGGUCGGGCGGUGUAUGCUUGGCGGUCUACCGUGGCCUCCAGGGAGAUGAGUUUGGCGUGAUUUGGAGCUUUCCCGAUGCGCCGCAAAGCACUGCGACGGAGGUUAUCGGCGGGGCCAUUGUCGGCGCGAUCGCGGGCGGCGUGGGGAUCGCGUUCCGAAGCGUGUUCCGAAAAAUUGGCAAGGGGGUGAGCAUCCUUGGCCUUGGCCACUUCGAGGACACCGAGUCGCCCAUCAUCCUGUGCGCGUUGGGCGGGCUGUGCGUGUCUGUGUUGGGCGUUCUGGUGCCACCGUCCAUGUUCUGGGCCGAGUUCGAGAUCGGCUCAAUCGCCGAGCCAGGCAAGCCUCUGCCCCACAUCUGGCCGCAGGGAGGCGUUUUCUAUGGUCUCGAGCGAUAUCCGUGGGAGUCGGGCGCAAUGUACUUGCUCGUCGGUCUGAUUAAGCUGCUGGCCAUCGCCUUCACCGUGCAAUCAGGCUUCCGGGGGGGCUUCAUCUUCCCGCUCUUCUUCGCUGGGGCUUCGUUCGGCCGCGCCCUCCUGUCGAUUACGGACGACGUCCUAGCUCCUGGUUUGGUGGCUGCAAGCCCGGCCCUCCUGUGCAUGUGCUUCGCGGCGGGACUCAACGUGGCAGUGACACGGACGCCGUUUGCGUCGCCGCUGAUCCUUGCCAUUCUCUCGGGGCAGCCCAACGUCAUGGCCCCGGCCCUGUGCGCGGCUCUCGCCUCCCUCUUCGUCACCCGGUCAUCCAAGUUCAUCGGGCCACAGAAGGACCGCGCGGAUCUCCAGUUCAUCGGCGACCUCCAGCCGCUCGAGCUACCGCCUCCACGAUCCGCCUCUUCGGCAUCUCAACCGUUUGUCCGCUCUGUGUGUAAGCGCCCCGGUGUUGCGUCUAGCGCUAACGGUAACGGCAGCACCGUCAGGCAGGACGAGGAGACGGGCUCGUUGAAAGGUGUCGGCGCCAGUGCCGGAGGGUACAACGCGCUCUCGAUUCAGAAUACAAUUAGCGUCGAGGACCCUCUACCGGAUGAUCCCGUGAGGUCCGAAGGGUCGAUGUUCGGAAAGAAAGAGACUGCAAUGAGAGAGUCGCAGGAGGAAGAGGAGAAGGAGGAAGAGGAGGAGCCCAUCACGGCGUCAUAUCGGCAAGGAGAACUGAUCAAGAUGAUGAUCCUGUUCGGGUUCUUGGUGGGACUCGUCGCCUUCUUGUACGAUGGGGCGAUGGAGCUGUCGCUGAAAAUUGUCUGGAAGGUGAUUCCCGGAUACCUUGAGAGAAUAGCAGAACAAGCCGAAGACGGCCUGGCCAUGCUCAGCAAGUGGGGCUUCCUCUACACUAUUGCUGCCUCCAUUUUCCUAGCCACGGCUGCGGGAGCGAGCAUAAAGUUCCUGGGCUUCCCCGGCGAUCUCCCGGAUGUCGUCCAUUGCGUCCACGAGCUUGGAUACGUUCCGAUGCGCCAAACACUACCGAUGAUUUGCUGCAGCCUUUUCAGCAUUGCGGCCGGUGGUUCGCUGGGGCCAGAAGCUCCCCUCGUGGCCGUGUCGGCGUCAGUAUCGGGGUACAUAUCCAUGUACUACUUCAGGCAUGACAUAGUGAUGGUUCGGAAGUGCACCAUUAUCGGCAUGUCUGCGGGACUCAGCGCUUUUUUUGGCGUUCAGCUCGGCGGCGCUUUGUUUGCCCUCGAGGUUCUCCACACCAUGGGAAUGCAGUUCUUUGACGUGGCCGUCUACGCGAUCGGGUCGGGCGGCGUGUGCUUGGCCGUCUACCGCGGUCUCCAGGGAGAGGAAUUCGGCCAGAUUUGGCCUUUUCCUGAAUCGCCGCUUAGCAGUGCGACGGAGGUUAUCCUCGGGGCGGUUGUCGGCGCGAUGGCGGGUGGCGUUGGAAUCGCAUUCCGAAGAGUGUUCCGAAAAAUAGGCGAAGGGGUAAGCAUCCUCGGCCUUGGCCACUUCGAGGACACCAAGUCACCGAUCAUUCUGUGCGCGUUGGGCGGGCUGUGCGUGUCCGCGUUGGGUGUUCUGGUGCCACCGUCCAUGUUCUGGGGUGAGUUCGAGAUCGCCUCGAUCGCCGAGCCAGGCAAAGACCUGCCCCACAUCUGGCCGCAGGGAGGAGUCUUCUAUGGUCUCGAGCGAUAUCAGUGGGAGUCGGGCCCAAUGUACUUGCUCGUCGGUCUGGUCAAGCUGCUGGCCAUCGCGUGCACCGUGCAAUCAGGCUUUCGGGGGGGCUUCAUCUUCCCGCUCUUCUUCGCUGGGGCUUCGUUCGGCCGCGCCCUCCUGUCGAUUACGGACGACGUCCUGGCUCCUGGUUUGGUAACUGCGAGCCCCGCCCUCCUGUGCAUGUGCUUCGCGGCGGGCCUCAACGUGGCAGUGACACGGACGCCGUUUGCGUCGCCGCUGAUCCUUGUCGCCCUCUCUGGGCAGCCCAACAUCCUGGCCCCGGCCCUGUGCGCGGCUCUCGCCUCCCUAUUCGUCACGCGGUCAUCCAAGUUCAUCGGGCCGCAGAGGGACCGCGCGGAUCUCCAGUUUAUCGGCGACCUCCAGCCGCUCGAGCUACCGCCUCCACGAUCCGCCUCUUCAGCAUCUUCGGUUGGUUUCCAAGAGAAUUUGAUCAGUCACGGGAACGGCCACGGGAACGGUCGGCGGGCGGACCCAGAGGCGGGAAAGCUGUUGACCGAGAGCGGUCCCACGAGCGAAUACAGUGCGAUCCCGGAGCGCUAUACAGAACAGGACGUCGCUCGUGCGAUAAAGGCGGCACUUCAGACAGACGCUUAGCUUGUAGUCUUCGUCGGUGGGGGUGUAGCGCCGGGAGGCAUGCAUUGAUUUGCGGCAGCAACGGCGAUGCAUGCUGCAAGGACAUGGGGCGCGUGUGAUGAAAAUGAGGGGAUAUUUCGCAAUGACACGGCGUUUCGCCCCGGGUACCUCGUUCUUCGGACGACACGUGAAAGAUUCGGUACUCUCGGCCCUUCUGCGAGUGUUUUGCCGCAAAUAUGGCCUUCGGUCACGGUCCUUUCGGAAGAGGUGCUCGCUUGUAUUGGGACCAACAACGAAGUGUGAAGUCACAGUAUCAGAUUGUAGGGGUAUUACAAGCGUGGUAUCGGCGAGCGUGGCUUUUCCCCAUGCCCUCGCCAUGUCUUGGUACCUAGUUUUUCAUAAUAUUUCUAUUCUUUUGGAGAGUCAACUUUGUGUAUCUGUCGCACAGAUACUAUUGAGUGGGGUAUCCUUUCUCGUCGCUGUGGUGUUUGCAUUUGUUUUUUGUGUUGUUUUGC